UUAGUGUUUCUCACUCUGAUCCGGGGAAGAAUUAACCAAACUCUGAAAAAUAUAGAAGUUUAGGUUUAAAUUGUGUUAUAAAGGUACAUACACCCUCAGCCGUAGCAAGACUGAGCUAAAAAGAAAAACUUAGUGUUUCUCACUCUGAUCCGGGGAAGGAUCUAAUCCGGGAAAGGAUUUGUAUAAUUGGUGUAUGAACCCUCGGUGGUAGCAGACCGAGUAAUACAGAGAAAAGCUUAGCAUCUCUCCCUCUGGCCCAGAGUGGGUUAAAAACAUAAAAUGCAAAUCUCAUUCUGUUAAACCAAACUCUGAAAAAUAUAGGAGUUUGGGCAGUGUAGUGUGGUUUAUGUUUGUUUGUUUUGUUUGGUUUUUUUGUAAGUAAUAUUGUGGUAAUUUCACAAUUUUAAAAAAAAUGUUUAAAAAACGAAACCAGGAAGGGUGGGGGCUAGUUAAAAAGCCCACCCUCCUUGCUAAAUUGGUAGUAAAACAAGGCUUGUGCCCAUAAAAAAAAACUGUCUAUUAAAAAAAGCAGAAUUGGGCCCAGGCAAGCAAUAAAUACAAAAACUAAAAAACAGGUUGGGUACAGAGAGUCAAAACAGCACUCUCAAAUCUUACAGCAGCAGUAACAUCAGGAAAAGAAACAUUUAAGACCCUAGAAGGGGGCAGACCUUUGGGACCCCUCUGAAGAUUAGGAAGGGGGAUAUUUGGGUAAAUUCCUCCUCCCAGGGCCAAAAUGCCAUUGAAACAGUUAACAACAGUGCCUGUUUCUGCCUCAGAUCUCCAGGCCAUGGCAAAAUGGCUCGAAAUUUUAAAACAAAAAUUUUUUUCUAGAUGAAGUGUUAACGCCCUUUUACUAAAAGAAAGGAAGGAUUUACACUCACAAGAAAUGCACCAUUUAAUUAGCAUUUGUGCAGCCCCAAGUACCAAACACACUGUGGCAGAGACCAAGCAGGUUCUGCCAUGGUAAAAGCACUGUGCUAAUUUGUUUCCAAGCUUCUAUCUUUCAGGCUCUAAACCAAAACAUCAGGAGAGCUGGUACCAGCUAAAAAGUUAUAAAAUACCAUGGUUAUUGUGUCAUAACAAAGUCUGUGUUCAGUGUUCUGUGUUGCAUGUUCUGUGUCUGUCUCUAGUAGUGUCCUGUGCUAGCAUUGGGUCUAGAAAAAGAGGGGAUACUACACUAGACAGGGCAAAUGUCUUUUCCUCUCUCUACUUCCCCCAUCUCCAUCCAACUUAUCAAUCACCCCUUGUGUCCAAAAGACUUUGGUCCCCAAUGCAUCAGGGUUAUUUUGUUUUGUUUUGUCAGGUUCUCUAAUAAUCAUUUUGUUGUUAAUUUUUGUUCUUAAUACAUUUGUAUUGUUAGUUACAUUUGCUUGUAUUAUCAUUCCACACUUUCCUCUAUGCACUCUAAUUCUAUUUCCCCAAGCCCUAAAGGGUAGUUCUUGGGCCCCCAUAACCUGUAAGACCUUGGCGCAUAAUUGUAUGGCCCCAUCUUUCAGGUCCCCAGAAACCUCUGAAAACAACUGUUAAAAAUAGAAAAUUCUACAACAUUUUAGCAACUAAAUGUUAGUUUAAGUCCAAAUCAGCUUAACCUUGCAUAACAACUGUGGUACUCCUACAAAAUCUUAUUUGUUGUGUGUGCUUAAAAAGGUCCUGACCUCAGUGACUUUUUUUGUUUGAUGGCUAUUGCAGCAUCAAACUUGGGCCUCAUUUUGUUUGUCAAUGUACCCAAUUAUUGUAAUGGUAAUGGUUUUGUUGUAUUUCCAAUUAUUAUAAUUAUAAUUGUUUGCAUUUGUGUUUAUGUUAUAUCUGGUGUUUAGUCAAUUGUAAUGGUUUUAGUUAUAUUCACCUGGUUAUAAUUGUUUGGUUUGUUUGCAACAAAUACAAAAAAUUUAUAUGGUGACCACUCAAGAAUUGUUCUUGAGAGGUCAAAAGGGGGACAAUGUAGAUCAAUCUCUGAUAAUUUUCAUAUAACUUUACAUUGUGCCUCUUCAUAUAACCUUGUGGUGGGUCUACCCACGUGUAACCUCUGUUUUCAUGGAACUUUGUAUCAAAGCCUCAUUUAGAAACUUUGCAUUGCCCUUGGUAUAAUAUUAUAGCCCCUAAGGAUAGAAUAAGAUAGAAGAAAAAUUUCUGUUUGCUAGCAGUAGAACAAGAGCUCUCCCCCCCCCGCCCCCACUCUUAAUCAAUUGCCCUGUUGAAUGAAUAAGGUGUGGAUGAGCAAGGCAUGGAAGGCAGCACCUCCAGACAGCCUCAACUGUUGGAGAGGGGCUGGGAGCCAGACCCAAGGACAAUAAAACGUGUCAAGUGGGCUCAUUAAAGACAAGCAGACAUACUGAUGGCCUCGGGGGUUAGAAGCAAGCACCUUCUUUUGGAAACACCCUCUUUGCAGCAUUGGGACAACACUCAAAAGAAAGCAGCACAAAGGACCAAUAGACACAGACACAGAGUUUGAAUCUGGUAUAGAUUUGCAUGAGAGGAAAGCUGCUAUAAAAGUGAGGUGUCUUGCAGAGAACCCCGGGUCUCGUCUUGUCAACAUGGGAGCAUCGAUCCGGAUCGGCAGAAGCCCGGCUCCACCCCUCCCCCAUCUAACUCACCUGGCCAGUAAAGUUAAGGGGAGCAACUAAUUGGUAACAACAAGACGGAGUGUGUUUGUGUGUGUGUGUGAGUGUGAGUCUGGCUUCCCCCGACGCCCGUCGUCAUGGACUGGAAGAUGCUGCAGGGCCUGCUGAGCGGGGUGAACAAAUACUCCACGGCCUUCGGGCGCAUCUGGCUCUCCGUGGUCUUCGUCUUCCGGGUGCUGGUCUAUGUGGUGGCAGCAGAGCGCGUGUGGGGGGACGAGCAGAAGGACUUUGACUGCAACACCAAGCAGCCUGGCUGCACCAACGUCUGCUACGACCACUACUUCCCCAUCUCCCACAUCCGCCUCUGGGCCCUGCAGCUCAUCUUCGUCACCUGCCCCUCCCUGCUGGUGAUCAUGCACGUGGCCUACCGGGAAGACAGGGAGAAGAAGAACCGGGAGAAGAACGGUGAGGACUGCCCCAAGCUCUAUCGCAACACAGGCAAGAAACACGGCGGGCUGUGGUGGACCUACCUGCUGACCCUCUUCUUCAAGCUGACCAUCGAGAUCAGCUUCCUCUAUAUCCUCCACAAGAUGUGGGAUAGCUUUGACCUACCGCGCCUGGUCAAGUGCGCCAACCUGGACCCCUGCCCCAACAUCGUGGACUGUUACAUUGCCCGACCCACCGAGAAAAAGGUCUUCACCUACUUCAUGGUGGGGGCCUCCGCCAUCUGCAUUGUCCUCACCGUCUGCGAGAUCUUCUACCUCAUCUUCAAGCGGGUCGUCCGGAGCCUACACAAAUGGAAGAACUCCAAGCACUUGGUCAGCUACAACAAGGCUUCCACCUGCCAGUGUCACCUCAAGUUGGAGCAGCAGGAUGGCAAGGCCAAGAACAAGCCUUUGGAUGCCCUCCGGGCCUCCGCUCCCAACUUGACUCUGAUCUGACAGGGCGUGUUGGGGGAGGAAAAGCCCUCAUGUUGGCCAGAGACAACUGACUUCCAAGAUGGCUGCCUGCCAUGCCACAAGUGUUACUGGAGUACUUCAAUGGGACCUCGAUGGCUAUGACACAGCGCGGGAGAGGAGGCGCGUCGCCAAGGCAGGGGCUCUCCCUGUUCUGCGUGGCUGACUGAGUUUUGCAUGCAGGGAUGUUCGUCAGACUGUGUGCUGCUGCCACCAUUUUGUUGGGGCCGGGCAGAAAGGACAAGGCCCUGGCAGUACAUUGCUGCAGCUGCUCUUAACAUGCAGGGCACAGGUGGGUGGUUUGCCUAGCCAAGGAGGAUGUGUGACUCCAAAAGUCUAUGCUUUUCAUUAUUUACAUGCUAUCGAGCCAGUCCGUGCGAUCCUGCAGGUUGGAGCUUCCCUCCUACGUGCUCAGACAGGCCACAAGGGAAGGGAGGAGAUGGCUGGCUUUUAAGUUUUAGGAGAAAUGACGAAUGUAAAGUUGCCAAGGACAAUAUUUGUCUCCUGUUCUCUCCCCACUCUGCUAGACUCGCAGCUGCCACGCCCAAAACGCCAGCGCCCUUCACAGACUCCAUCACAUUGCGUAGAGAGGCACUUGGACUCAGUACCUCAGUGGAUGGUUCAUUAACUAGGACAUUGAUGGAAAGGGCUUUAUUCUGAUACUGAAGUGAGCAAAUCCUUGCCUUUCCCAUGAACCGUGACCUUUACCAAAGAACCAAGUCCAUGGGGUCUAGCAAUUGUAUGGGAAUAAAGUCAUAGGCACAAAGUGGGGUUGUGGGUGUGUCUCUUGGGAGAGUCUCUGUAGUUUGCAUCUAUCUCAGAAACUUCAACCUGUCUGCAAAAGCACUCAGUUCAGAGAGCAAAUAAGCCCUCUGGUUGUGCCUUCGGGUGCCUAGGGAGGGCAUUAAACUUCGCCUGCGAGUUUAGUCAGUAAAACAUCCUCGAUCAAAACCUCGAGUUAAUGCACUGGCUCGUGCUCGAGAAAGCAGCAGACGCAGUAGCUAUAAUAGUGGUUCCAUGGCCCAGCUUCCCCGUUCUGAACUGAAUGGCAGGAGUAACAGUGACUCUGCAGGGGAAAAAGUUUUGUAUAUUUUCAAGAAGCCGCGGAACAGCCCAGUGGAGUUUCGGGGUUUGUGACCUGUUCUGGGCCAGAUCCUCAGCUGACGUCAAUGGAGCUAGGCCGAUUUCUACCAGCCGAGACUCUGGCCUCACAAUUUUUCAUUUAAGUUGUUCUCUGUUGUAACGUUCAAGCUUUGUCCAAACUCUGUAAACCCCCGUUACCGAGUAGCUUCUGGCUGAAACCAAAUGAGUUCUCCCAUUCCUGGUUGAAAACGGGAUCGGGAUGUAAAAUUCAAAUUAAAUGUGUCAAAUUCA